UUUGAAUCUUGAGGCGGGCAUACGGAAGAAGUGAGGAAUACGCAAUGGUAAACAAAAGACGAAUUGUGUUGUAUCUGGUUUGAUUGCAAAUACUUCUACACGAUCCUAUGAUUUCAGUUGUUUUAAAAACCAGGGACAUAUGUGCCGGAUUUCUGGAUUUAUUCGCUUGGAUCGGUUUAAACGUUUCUAAAGACAUACGUUAGAAGCCUGAACAUGUCUUUAUACUCCAUACCUGCCAAAAAGCACACUGCUUUUUAUGACAACUUCUUAAUGCCAAAGGUACCAGUACGCGACAGUUCAAAGGACCGAAAACAGGCAGAAAUAAAGGAAUCGGAGAUAACGUCAGGAUCCCUCAAGUGCAACGACCGAUCAAUUGAUAAAUCGAAGGAGAUAAACAGGACAUAUGUCAUUUCGGCUCUUUCAAAAAGCGGUGGGCAUGACCGUGGCACACCUGGCCGUGGCCGACUCACGCUUCAAAGGAGGAAAACGGGUGCUGAAAACCACGAAAAGACAAUGACCGAGAACACUCUCAACAGUACCCCGGCACCCGAGAAACGACUGACCUUGCAACGCAGAACAAGGACUGGCUCUAUUGACAAAAGUGCAAAGAAUGAUAAUAGCACUGGCAAAGCCGCAGAAAGACAACGUUGGGCCAGCGGCACCGACGCUCAGCAGUCCAAAGUUCUACAAGAGUCAAAUCCUCGAACACCUGGAACUGCAGGUAUAUUUCGAUCAGUUAGUUUGCAGGACUCCGCUUCUACAAACAAAUCAAAAGAAUGUCAAAAUCCAGGGACCACACAAGGCAGAGUAAUUGACAGAUCAGCCAGAUACAUACAAAAACAGACUACGACUAAAGCCACACUUAAUGGGGACGUCGCCAAGUUGGAGGACCAGGGCAAAACGUCAACACCUACCAGGAAGACUGUGUUUGAGAACAUCAGUUCCAAGAAGGACGUUUUUGAACGAUUGGCGGGGAGGGAAGUCCCUAAAGCAGUGAUAGUUAAAUCUGCAAAUAUGGACAAGCCAAAGACACAACCACAGAUGACCGUCGAAAAGGUCAAACCAGUUGCUACUCCCCGUUCAAACAGGUUCCUGUCGGGUGUUCAGAAAGCGAACCCUGCUUCAACUUUGUCUCCAGCCCUGGUGAAAAAAACUACACCUUUACUUAGCUCAAAACCCAACGUAAAUGCUAGCACUGUGAGGAGCUCUACCUCUUCACCAGCAGUGGUGACUCCUGCACCGACAGCCGUUUCUACCGAGCCUCUGGUGUUAUUCAGCGAGGUUCUGAAGCAGCAGGAUAUGAAAAUGGAGAACAGUGCAGUGACAGUUGCUGUCCGAGUGAGGCCAUUCAACAUCAGGGAGAAGACUGAGAAAGCCUUGCAAGUGAUCUUCAUGGAUAACCAGGAGACUGUGGUCCAACACCCAGACACCAAACAGAGUUACUCCUUUACCUACGACUUCUCCUUCUGCUCGGUUAAUAAAAGCACCCCAGAAUAUGCCAGCCAGCAGACAGUGUAUGAGAAACUAGCAAAGCCUCUCCUUGAGAGAGCUUUUGAAGGAUUCAACACCUGUUUGUUUGCCUAUGGCCAAACUGGCUCUGGAAAGUCUUACACUAUGAUGGGUUUUGGAGAAGAAGCAGGCGUUAUCCCAAGAUUCUGUGAGGGGCUUUUCUCCAGACUGUCCUCAAUUCAGACUCAGGAGGUGACCUGUCACCUAGAGAUGAGCUACUUUGAGGUGUACAACGAGAAAAUCCACGACCUGCUGGUGGCAAUGGAUGAACAAAACCACAAGAGAUUACCCCUGAGAGUGAGGGAACACCCAGUUCAUGGGCCAUAUGUUGCUGAGCUGUCGACGAAUGUGGUGAGUUCCUACACAGACAUUCAGGGCUGGCUGGAGCUUGGCAACAAGCAGAGAGCCACUGCAGCCACGGGCAUGAAUGACAAGAGCUCCAGAUCCCAUUCUGUUUUCACCCUGGUUAUGACCCAGACCAAGACUGAGUUUGUGGAGGAAGAGGAGCACGAGCACAGGAUCACCAGUAGGAUCAACCUAGUGGACCUGGCAGGCAGUGAGCGCUGCUCUUCAGCCCAGACCAGCGGAGACCGUCUUAGGGAGGGGGCGAGUAUCAACAAGUCUCUGCUGACCCUGGGCAAAGUAAUCUCAGCCCUGUCAGAGCAGGCCCAGACCAGGAGGAAGGUCUUCACCCCCUACCGAGAGUCAGUCCUCACAUGGUUGUUGAAAGAGAGUUUGGGCGGUAACUCAAAGACGGCUAUGAUCGCCACGCUGAGUCCGGCGGGCAGCAAUGUGGAGGAGAGCCUAAGCACCCUACGCUACGCCCGACAGGCACGCACCAUUAUCAACCUGGCCAAGGUCAACGAGGACACCAACGCUAAGCUCAUCAGAGAGUUGAAAGCCGAAGUGGAGAAGCUUCGCGCCGCCCAGAUGAGCACCCAGGGCAUCGAGCCAGAGGAUAUGAGGCUGUUCCAGCAGGAGAUUGCGGCUCUCAAGAGCCAGCUCACUCAGCAGGAAAAGGAGAUGGUGGAGGCCCACAGAACAUGGAGGGAAAAGCUGGAACAGGCAGAGAUACGCAAACGCGAGGAGACCAAAGAGUUACAGAAAGCGGGCAUCACGUUUAAAGUGGACAACCGCCUCCCUAACCUGGUGAACCUGAAUGAGGACCCGCAGCUGUCGGAGAUGCUGCUGUACAUGAUAAAGGAGGGACAAACCAAGGUCGGCCAGCACAAGGCCCAGUCGGCUCAUGACAUCCAUCUGACCGGGGCUCUGAUAGCAGACCACCACUGUGUUAUCUCAAAUGUCAGUGAAACGGUCAGCGUCACACCCAUGGAAAACGCCAAGACCUUUGUCAAUGGGACCCUGAUAUCCGAGUUGACAGUCCUGCACCAUGGUGACAGGGUGAUCCUGGGUGGACACCACUACUUCCGUUUCAACCAUCCGGCAGAAGUGCAGUCUGGGAAACGCGUGUCUUGCUGGACGGGCUCUGGGGACGGUCAGAAGGACUUCGAGUUUGCCAAAAAUGAACUGCUGUCGGCUCAAAGAGCACAGCUGGAGGUGGAGAUAGAGGAGGCCCGUCUGAAAGCCAAGGAGGAGAUGAUGCAGGGUAUCCAGAUGGCCAAGGAGCUCGCUAUGAAGGAGCUGUUAGACCAGAAGACCUUGUACGAGAACAAGAUCAACGCUCUUGAGAACGAACUGGAGGAGGAGGGUGAGAGGAAGAGGCGCCAGGAACAGGACCAGCAGAGGGUGGUGUCCCAGAUGGUGGAGCUCCAGUCAGCCAAGACUCAACUGGAACAGGAAGUGGAUGCACACAAGAGGCGUCUCCGCCUGCACACCGAGGCCCAGGCUGCCAGACAGGCCAUGGAGGACCACAGCGUUCGACAAGCCAAGAUUGUGGACGCCCUGGAGGCAGAGAAGAAGAAGAUCAGCCGAGACCUGGAGGAAAUGCAGAGGAAGCUAGCGCUGAGGGAAAACAAGGCCCCGAGAAGCGGCGCACCUCAGUGGGACGCCAUGAAGCUGUCUCUGAUGAUCGAGGAGGCCAACAAGAUCAGUGGCAAACUCAAGAAGAACACCGUCUUCAGCAGACAUGACAGUUCUGAAAAGGAGAACGGAGGAGGCCAGAAGGAGGAGGUUCAGGUCCAGAACACCAAGCUGGGAAUCUCUACCUUCUGGAGCCUGGAGAAGUUCCAGAGCAACCUGGCUGCUAUGAGGGACAUCGAUGGGGGGGACUUUGCCUCUAAAGAUGACGAUGUGUUUUACGACCCCAACGAUGAAUGGGAACAAGAUAUAUCGGUCUCCUCGGCCAACGCUUCCACUUUCUCACGCCGCAGGAGCAGAAGCAUGCUGAAAAGCAGGAGGAUCUCGGGGCGUCUGUACGAGAUCCGAGUUCACCCCAUCCAGAGCCUGCACCAAAGCUCCUCACAGUCCUCUGGCUUGAUGGGUGUGUCCAAACCCCCUUCCACCAACCCCAGCUCCCCAGACUCCUCCCUGCCCGGGAUCUGCAAAGAUCUGAUUGGCCAGACUGUUGCCCAGCUGCGCGGGUGCGACAGUCGCGAGGAGAGCGUGGCGGACAGGUUGACCUAUGACUUGUUCUUUGUGCACUCAGCCGUGAGGGCCAUCAGCAGUCUGUACAACCUUCUGGAUGACGACAGUCAGGAGAACAUGUUUAUGUGUAACCUUGAGGCCCAGACCCAGCUGGUGAAGGCCACCUCGGCUGUGGAGAGAACCGUCUUUGUCACAAUGCAUUGGCUGGCUGGCUUCAGGCCCACCUCUGGUCCUCUCUACACCGCCUCUGAAGAACUCAGGAGCCAGGUCAAGAGAAUGGGAGGAUUCUUCCAGCUUCUCAUCCAAGGCUGUGAUUCAGAGAUCUCUUCCAUGGUGACGGAGGCGGAACGGAAGAGCGCCAAGUGUCUAGACGCGGCGCUGCAGGGGAUUAGCCACCUGGCGGCCCUGACCGGCACCCAGAUGCACGUCACCGAGCUGGCUACCGACGACACCACCGGCAAGUUGUCCGUGAACCUGUCUCUGCUGGAGGGAACCAAUCAGGGUGUGCGCUCACUCCUGGUGGACGGGCUGACCGUCACCAAGGAGAUGCUGAGGGAGGCUCAGCUGGCGUAUCCCAGGACCCCGGUUUUACAGAGCCUUAAAUCCAAGACGCUGGACUUGGCAUGCACCCUCCAGAGAUACAUCCACUGCAACAUGACGGAGAGCGAGGGCAGCCCAGAGAAGGCUGGCCAGGAGCCUGAUCCCUCACACCUACACCGGCUGAGGAACACUGCAGCCAAACUCUUCCAGCUGAACCAGGCCAUCAGAGAGCUCCACUCCUCCCUCUCCGUCGCUCUCAGAGGUAAAAUCGGCGACUCCUGCCUUAACUCCUGCAGAGCGGCCAUCUUCUCGUCUUCCAGGACCAUCAACGAGGUCAUCAACGGCCAGCCCAAGGGGCUUGUGGUGUCCCCUGGCCUGCAGAUGCCCUGCGUUCAGACCGUCAUGGCGGCACGGGAUGAGCUCCAUUUGGCGCUGCAGUCCAUGUGCGCCGUGACCAGUCAGCAAGAGUCCACAGAGAGGAGUGGGUCGGCGUGGGGCUCAGAGAAGAGCAUUGAGGAGGGCGGCUGGGCGAAAGAGGGGGCCUCCAACGGUUUCAGAAGUAGGACAGUCCCCAAGGUUGUGUACUCUCUGUCCUCAGGGGUCUCGUCAUCCAACGAAGAUCCUCGUUGGGUCUGAACCGCAGCUAUUGAAACAAGGCUGUAGAUUUAGAGUUGUUAAGUCUUUACUCGUGUCCCUGCAUUCAUUUUCCUUGCCUCCCUGUAGAAAAAAGUAUAAAUAUAUUUAUACAUGCAUAUCAUAUUUUUUGUACUUCAAUUUGUUUCAAGAAUGAGGCACAAGAAAAAGGCCCAUGAACAAGUAUAGACGUUUGAGCUUCCAUUUAUGUAUGUAGCUAGCCUAUUAGCGUAGCAUCAGCAGUUAGAUACAUGACAUUAGCUAUACAGGUCCACCCCCAGUUGCACUACUAAUAGUUAGGUUCCUAGAUGUACACUUUUUGUGACUCAGAAUUUAAAGAACAUUCUGUCACUGAUUCAAUUUGUAUUUGGUAUUAAAAUUGUUCAGUGUUUUGUAACCAUUUGGAUUUUUGUUUUGCUAUCUUUUUUGGCAGUAAAAGGGGAUAACCUGUUAUUCUUAUUUGUAAAUGUAAGUUAAGAAGCAAUAAUUGACUACUCUGUAUUCUGUAAUCACACUGUAUGCACUCAGAAGAUGUUUAUAACUCACUUAAUAUUGCACAAUGGGUGUCUUUUAUGACUUGAUAUGAUAACUCAUAUAAAGUAUUUUGUAUAUUUUAAGUGCAUAUCUAUCAUGUAAAAACUCGAGCACACACAAUAAAAAAUUAAAGAUUGGCUCACAA